AUGUCAACGCAAAAGACCACGAAGACAUUGGUGGACAGACUUGAAGAUGUGAUUGGUGGUGCGGCACCGUAUUUCGCUGCUGAUAGCGAUUCAGACAGUGAUAGUGGUAAUGAAACUGAGCGCGAUGAUCUGGUUAUGGGAGAUAAUGAGAGCUUCGUUGAUAGCCCGAUUAAUUUUUCGAGGCCGAGCCAUACCACAGGAAUUAUCACUGGAAUCCGUGUCACCACUGACUCACCAGAUAUAAUAACCUCAAGCUACGGCCGUAUACAAGCCGUCGCCCCCGCCGAGUUUUGUCAAGCAACCCUGGCAGUAUUUCCUGUUCCGAGAGGGAUAUACGGUCUUACGCUAAGUGUUGCCUUAUUGGAUUACAAUGUGGAGGAGACUACGGACAAGCGGCAAAGCUUGUUUCGGUUGCGCAAGAGUGCAUGUGAGGUGCUCAUUGCAACAAAGAGUGACCAUCACCCCCUCGAAGUUGUUGCGAGAACUUAUGAAGGUAGCGAGCCCGUCCGGGAAUGCAUGACUACUGUCACCUUGGUCGGGGCUAUUGGACCAGAUACAAGCCUUCAGGAUCCAUGA